UUUCGAGGAACUACUUGCCGAUGUUUUGGGACGAGAGACAUUGCAGAAAUUCCUAGACAAAGAAUACUCUGGCGAGAAUCUUCGUUUUUGGUGGGAGGUUCAAAAGUUGCGGAAGUGCAGCUGUAGAAUGGUGCCGGUCUUAGUUACAGAAAUUUACAAUGAAUUCAUUGAUUCAAAUGCAACUUCUCCUGUGAAUGUGGACUGCAAGGUUUGUCUUUCUAGUUGUUUCCGGUUACAUUCUGCACCUACUUCAACUGACUGUUUACAGGUAAUGGAAAUAACAGAGGAGAACUUGAAAAAUCCAAAUCGCUGGAGUUUUGACGAAGCAGCGGAUCAUAUAUUCUGCCUAAUGAAAAAUGAUAGUUAUCAGCGUUUUCUUCGAUCUGAUAUCUAUAAAGAUCUCCUCAUACAGUCGAAGAAAAAGGUAAAUUUUUGAAA